GCUUGGAGAAUGGAGCGCCGCUGCUAGAAGUGGGAACAUCCAACGCAUGCUUAUUCGCGAGCCUAAUUCAAUAAAUCCCGUCGCACACGAGACGAAUCUGCAACCCGGCGGAGGCUGGAACUAAGAAAGUGUUUGGACACCUAAACUGAAUCAUACACCUGUGGUGGUAUAUUUGCCGGCAUAUUUUUUUUCAUCACUAGUGGAAUACGACUGGAUGAAACUGAUGGGUUGGCUGUGUGUUUGGGCACUUCCUGUCCUGCUUGGAACCUUUGCCUCUGUCUGCUGGCUGGCUGAAGGGAGCAGGAGCAUGGACACAGCAAACACAGCCGAGAGCACCUCCCAGGGACCACAGGCAAGGAAGAGUGGAGAAGCUGACGGAGUUGCCGAUCCAUUCCACUCUGGGUCAAAUGGAGGGCCAUGCAAGAGGACAAACUGCGGGAGGGGCCGCCAGUGUGUGCUGCUGGAGUCGACGGGCCGGGCAGAGUGUGUGUGCCAGGAGAAGUGUCGACCCACCUUUGUGCCGGUGUGCGGCUCCGAUGGAAGGUUCUACGAGAACCACUGUGAGGUGUACCGCACCGCCUGCCUGCAGAAGAGACGGAUCUACGUGGUGCACAGCAAGGACUGCUUCUUCAAAGGAGACACGUGCACCAUGGCAGAUUACAACAAGCUGAAGAGUAUGCUGCUGGACAUGCAGCCUAAAGGCCUGAAUGGCGGGGACAGGAACAUUAAGAGAGACAUGGACCAGAAGAGAGCCCUGGUGGACACCAUGUUUAAGUACCUGGACAUGGACGGGGAUGGCCGUCUGUGCAGCGACGAGCUGGAACAGAUCUCUAUGAAGGAGCACCUAGAAGACAGUCUGCUGGAGUGCACCAUGCAGGACCUGCUCCGCUACGAUGAUUACAACAACGACGGACACCUCACUCUGCACGAGUUCUACACCGCUUUUCAGGUUGUUCAGCUGAGCCUGGCUGAGGACCAGAGAGUGAGUGUCUCCACGGUAACAGUGGGCCUCAGCACCGUGCUGUCUUGUGCCAUCCAGGGAACGCUGCGGCCGCCAAUCAUCUGGAAGAGGAACGGAAUCAUACUCAACUUCCUGGACCUGGAGGACAUCAAUGACUUUGGUGAUGACGGCUCCCUCUACAUCACCAAGGUGACAACCAUUCAUAUGGGGAACUACAGCUGUCAUGCGUAUGGAUAUGAAGAGCUCUACCAGACCCAUGUACUGCAGGUGAAUGUUCCCCCAGUGAUCCUGGUCUACCCAGAGACGCAGGCACAGGAACCUGGUGUGUCUGCCAGCCUGCACUGCCACGCCGACGGCAUCCCAGACCCUAAGAUCAUGUGGCUGAAGAACGGCAUGGACCUGCAGCCUAGACCCUCCAAGCAGCUCUCCCUCAUCGCGAAUGGGAGCGAGCUCCACAUUGGCAGUGUACGCUAUGAGGACACAGGCGCCUACACCUGCAUUGCUAAGAACGAGGUGGGGGUGGACGAGGACAUAUCGUCUCUGUUUGUGGAGGACUCAGCCAGAAAGACACUUGCAAACAUACUGUGGCGGGAGGAAGGGUUGAGCGUAGGGAACAUGUUCUAUGUGUUUUCUGAUGAGGGCAUCACGGUGCUGCAGCCCAGCAAGUGUGAGAUACGCAGACACAUCAAGUGCACCGAGAGGAUCAUGGCCAGCUAUGAGGAGAUGUGCCCGAAAGGUGAAGGUGUGUCUCCGGAACACUGUGUGUGGUCCUCAGCGGUCAGUGUGAGGGAUAAAUACAUCUACGUCACCCAGCCCCUUCAGAAACGCCUGCUGGUCAUCGACACCCAGGCCCAGAAUGUGGUGCAGACGGUAGAGACAGAUCCUUUCCCAGUGAAGCUGCUCUAUGACAAGUCACAUGACCAGGUCUGGGUGCUAAGCUGGGGCAGCAUGCAGAAGUCCCACCCAACCUUAAAGGUGAUUCCCCAGGCCAGUGUUGGAGAGGUGCACCACACCAUCCGCACCCCCUUCCAGAGGGUUGAUGACUUCUUCAUCCCCCCAACCAACCUCAUUAUCACACACGUCAGGUUUGGCUUCGUCUUCCUCAAAUCUGAACCUGCGGUGCAUAAGAUUGACUUAGAGACCUUCCACAGAGUCAAAACCAUCAGCCUGAAGAACUACAGCUGUGUGCCCGUCAGCAUGGCCUACACACACCUGAGUGGCUUUUACUUCAUUCAGUGCCAGUCUCAGAGCAGGGACCCCUCGUCAGCCCAGCCACAGCUCCUCAUCGACAGUGUCACCGACACUGUCAUUGGUCCCAACCUCAACAUCACGGGCCAGCCCUAUGUGUCCCCGGAUGGCCGCUACAUCAUCACCCCUGACCAGCAGCGCGGCAAGGUCAGAGUUCAAACAGUGUCCUUCCAGGGGGUGCUGGGUUUGAGCCGGGAGCUGGACACCUCUCUCGUUGUGUCCGACCUGAUCUUCCAGCCCUCAUUCACUAAGUCCAACCAGUACACUGUGGUAGCUGCCUCUGGCUCAGGCACAGACCUGCUCUUCUCUGACCUGGCAACAGGGCACAUUGAGGUCCUCAGAAGCCUCAAGGAGCCCCUGUCACACCACACCUGGCCCUGGGGGGGGCCCAACAGGGUGGUGGUGUCCAGCGGACUGUUUGGCCAGUACUUGGUCACUCCCUCAGCGGAAUCUCUCUUUGUGUUGAACGGCAAACUGAACACACCCCACUGUGAGGUGUCAGACAUCAAGAGAGGGAACACAGUGGUGUGGGUGGGAGAGGUAUGAGAGAGUGGGAAGAAGGGGAGAGGGAGAGAAAGAGAGGGAGAGAUCAGGCCAAAACACUUAAUUAAGAUAUAUAUGGACAUAAGUGGACUCAACCAUGGGACUGAGUGCGAGGAACACACGCCUGGGUUAUUGUAACAAAAGUACACAAAAAAUAAUAAUUGAAAAAAAUAUUUAGAAAAGCAUAUUAUGGUAUUUUUACGGGGAGAAGGUGGGUGGUGAGUUCCUUUAGUGCAACUGUGAUCUAUGUGUACUUAACUAAAGAGGAGUUGUACAUUGCACUUCCUUGUAACACUGCAGAUAACAGGAGGGAUAUAAUGAUGACAUUUUGAAAAUUUAACUAUGCACAACGCUCACUUUUUUUUAGACUAACGCUUUUUGGUUUCGAGAUGUUUGUCGUUCACCAGUACUGCAAAUAGUCCCAACAAGAUGUCUGUCUGCCUCUAGUGUAUACAUGUGUUAGCGGUCCUUUUCAAAACCACAGCACCCUGUUACUCGCCUUUGUCCUCGUCCAUGUUAUUGUACGCUUUCUGUAAAAGCUCUCAUGCUGACCAACUACAUACAGGUUGGCUUGAAACAUGUUGUACCGUAUUAGUCAAGACCUGUUACUUUCCAAAGAGAAUACUUUCCCAUCGAUUAGCUAAGAACAGUAUCUAAUAGCAUACAGUAGAAAACCCAUCAGUGGAUAACAUGUUAUUGUACAAAGAAUAUAUAUGGUAUAGUAUGUCCCCCACCCUCUCUCACACAGUAAGCCUACUUCCAGUUUUGAUCCAGUGACCUCCUAGUCCUCUGUCCACUAAGUCUAGCAUUGUAAGGGUCUUGUUCAUCAGCAUGGAGGUAUUGUAAGUCCUGUGUAUCCAGUUUCCCUAUAGCUUAGUUUCCAUUCUUCAACUGCUCCACAACUGAAAUACCACUUCCCCUCAUAAGGAGUAGCUGUGCCUGUUACCCUAAUGUUGGCUAGUACUGUAUGUGACGAGCAAGUAAUAGCAAAACACGCCUGUUAUUAAAAAAAAGACACAAACCAAGAUGAACAGAUGUGUUGCUCAUGUUUGCGAUUUAGAUAUGUGUUGCUACGGUAACUGCCUUGGCUCAAUCUGACACAGAAGCAAAGGCUUGAUGACAUUUCUUAGAACACUGUUGUAUCGAGAGAGAAAUAUGUGUGUGUUCCAGGAGUGAGGCAGAGAUGUGUAAUAUAUAUUCAAAAAGCCCAAUUUGAAGCCCAAUUAUUUUGCGGUCACGGAAAAAAAAAAAACGUUUCCGUAAUUGCCAUCAAAAAGCAUCAGGCACUCAGACCAAAGUACUUAUUUUGCCACCAUUACAGAGUAACUUCAGAAUAAUUCAUGUGAGUCACCACCAAAGGCAUCAUCAGAACUGAGUGUUCCAUAUGCAUGCACUGAGAGUUGAGGCUCAUCUCACUAAUAUUGUUUAAGAGCAUUUCGGCUGGGAUUCAAUCAAAGGCGCGUUUAUCAACAAGGUCAUUUCUGCUUGUCGACAAGGUAAUUUCUGCAGCAUUUACAGUGAAUGCAACAUCCACAAUCGUCAGGAAAAUUGCCUUUAAAAGGCACAUUGCCACUAGUGCAAUGUGCUUAUCAUCAAUGUGCCUCUGAUUGAAUCCCGGCCUUCAAGUACACAGGAUCACAAACAGUACAGUUGCUGGUGAAAAUGUCACAUAUAUUACAUACCUGGUCUCUAACCCAGACCAUGGCUGCAAACCUGGACCUCUUGGUAUGAUAUUGACAUUAGAGACACUGUUGUAGAUAUAAAUUGUUCUUGUUUAGAACACAUUCAAACGAGUCCAGUUUUCUUUAUGCAUUUGGUGUGUUCUUGUUUAUGAGGGAAAUGGUUUGUAAAAUAAUAUCUAAUAAAAUGACAACAACAAAAAAA